GGUGACCAGCCAGGGGGAGCCGAUUUUUCUGCACAACAAGGAGAACCCCGUGACGAUGGGGGUGGCGUCCUCCCUUCCGGGGCGCCUGCUCCCGGACCUCAUCCUGCUUGCCCGGCCAGUCGGGGACCAGAAGCACCAGGGCCUGGAGCUCACCAGGCUGCUGCCCACGGACUUGGCCCGUUUGUCCGUCCACCACGUGGCCAGCCGCAGGCUGAAGCUCCGCCUGGCCUCAGGCCGCAGCUUUUACCUGCAGCUGGAUGCAGGCCCGAGGGAGGGCUGCUUCCUCUUCAACCGCUGGAGGUACCUGGUCUACCUGCUGCGCCGGCCCAGGCCCGCCUGGGGCCCCCAGGCCCACAAGGACCAAGCCCUCGGCCAGGGCUGCAAGCUCAAGAACAAGACCAAGAUGUCCCAAGCUGCAAAGGCCAAGAUGAUGUCGAGAGCAGUCGGUGAUUCCAUCCCGUUCAUGACCCAGCUGGAGUCCCCAGGCUGGAAAGGAGAGGAGAAAAACUCAUUCUAUAAGCAUCCCACGAUGGACUCUUCUGGGACUCAAGUGGGAGAGGAAGGACAGUCCACCAUCACCAUCUGGACCCUGUUCAGCAUUAUCUCCAGCAUCCUGAGCCGGCCCAAGGCUUCCAAAGCAUCCACGCCAAUGACUUCAAAUUCAGGGCACUCCAGUGCUGAGCCCUGUGUGGUUCCCCACCAGACUUCAUCUUCCUGGCUGGGCUCCCGCCAACCAUUCAAGAAAAUCUUUUACUCCUCAAACUCUUUUAAUGAAUACCUGUACUCUAGCUCCCAGUCCCAAAAAGAUUUUCGCAUGGCUUGGAAAAACGAACACCCACAGAGACGUGCCAACGGCCUCUCCAAGGCCCUACCCAGCAACCAUGUCCAACAUAGCCAGCACGGGGUUCCAAGCAAAACUCCACUCACUACUGAGUCCCAAAGGAAGAGGUCUUCCAAGUUGCACUUAGAACAGACCGUGGCCUCUACAGAGCCUGAGGAAGCGGCAGAGUUAAACCAUGAGUGGCUCACCCAACAAGAGGACAAGUCCUUGAUGGCUUCAAAGAAGUCCAGUCCCAGGCCCACAUCCUCCGAGUCUGCCAAAAUGCCCCACGUUUCCACCAAGACCUCCCUCUACCCAUACCCCGAGACCUCUCCUAACCAUCUUAUUAAAGCUUCAGAGCCUUCCCCCUCCCACUCCCCUAAGACCCCACAGCCCUUUCCCUCCCCCCCACAGCCCUCCUCCUUCACCAAGGUCCUACAACCCUCCCCCUCUGCCAAGGUCCCACCUGAACAGUCCACCAAAGUGUCACCCCCCCAGGUCACCAGAUCCUUACCCAAACAGUCCAAGAAGCCCUCAUUCCAUCCAACUACCAAGACCUCACCUGACCAGUUUACCAAGGACUCAAAUGCACACCCCAGGAAGGCCUCAACUGGGCAGGCAGGCAGGUCACACUCUGGCCACUCCCUUAAGUCCACUGCUGUCUCAUUCACACUGUACUCUCCAGACUCCACCAGUCACUCAAAGGAAGCUUCACCCCAUCCAUUUACUAAAGUCUCACCCAAACACUCCAAGAAGUCCUCCUUCCACCUCUUUGGCAAAGCUUCACCCCAAAACUCCAGAAAGUCCUCCUUCCACCUCUUCGGCAAAGCUUCACCCAAACACUCCAAGAAGUCCUCCUUCCACAUGUUCACCAAGGCUUCACCCAAACACUCCAAGAAAUCCUCCUUCCACCUCUUCCCCAAAGUCUCACCCAAACACUCCAAGAAGUCCUCUUUCCACAUGUUCACCAAAGCUUCACUCAAACACUCCAAGAAGUCCUCCUUCCACCUCUUCCCCAAAGUCUCACCCAAACACUCCAAGAAGUCGUCCUUCUAUAUGUUCACCAAAGCUUCACCCAAACACUCCAAGAAGUCCUCCUCCUUCCAUCCAACUACCAAGGUCUCACCUGACCAGUUUACCAAGGACUCAAAUGCACACCCCCAGAAGGCCUCCACUGGCCAGGUAGACAGGUCACCUCCUAGUCACUCCCUUAAGUCCACUGCUGUCUCACUCACACUGUACUCUCCAGAUUCCCCCAGCCACUCAAAGAAGACCUCAUCCUACCCACCCUCCAAGAUUUUGUCUGAUCAGUCCAAGAAGAUCUCAAAAGCCCCAUCCAACAAAGCCUCCCCCAGAGCCUUAUCCUAACCAUCUUGCAGAACUUUACCCAUCGGUCCAGAACGGCUCCAUCUUACCCAUCUACAAAGGCCUCAUGUCAUACCAAGUUGGUGAAUCCUGGUCAGUCCAAUGUGCCAGGGGAGACUCACUACCCUCAAAAUGGGGAGUUCUCUCUACGGGCUCUGGGACUCACCCACUGGAAUUCUGGAAUCAGAUUAAGCCUCCACAUAAGAAAGUCCAAAGUCCCAAGCCUUCUAUCCCUUGCUUUCUCAAGGUCCCAAGUAUCCCACUCUUUAAUUCUGCCUAGAGAUCUAAAUAUUCCUCCCCUUCAACCCUCACUUGUCUCUGAAAUCAAAUCCUCUCUCCCCAAAUCUCAAGCUCCCUGAGAGAACAGGGUAUCCUUUGUCUUAAUCCGAUCCUCUUUAAGGACUUAAUGGAGUAACUGCAACUUUCCUCUCUCUCAAUCUCUCCAGUUUACCUUUGCUCACACCCAUGACUCACAACCUCGGUCAAAAAUUCCAUGGUAGGAUCCUGAGUUAAGGUAAUGAAUGUCAUGAUCAUAGACCUAGAGUCCAAACUUCCAUCCCGUUAGCCUCUCAGACUCAGACACCUAGUCUUCAAAUUCCCUUUACUACAACUCAGGGUCCAGGCCAACAGCUCUGUCCUCCUUGAAGACCUUAGGCCACCAGAUCCCUUUACUAUGACCUUCCUCUUUACAUAGGUACCUUAGUGUUGGGGAGAUGCUUCACUUUCCCUAUCCCAUUGGAAGAUGAGAUCCAAAGAUGCUCUUGGCCUGAAAUGUAUUUGGGACUGAUAAGGGACUUAUGGUUCCCAGAUCAACCUAUUAAAUGUCUAUGAAUGACAGAAGAUGGAUAGACAUGUAUGUCUCUAUCUCCCCUAUUCCCACU